AAACUGCAACCCCCGUUUUAUUGCUUCGAUUUAUUUAUCCACACCCGCGCAGUCUCAUCACUGACCGCCUUCACUUGCCACAGUCCACAACCCCUCCUUGCGCGAGAGUCUGGAACCUGUCUUUUGUGGGAUUCCUUGGGCAACCUCCCACCCUAGUUGAAGCUCCUAAAACCCUCCUGUCUUUGAGGCCUUUCCCUGAGACAUCCCUGAGACACCACUACAAUCAUGGCGGAACGAUAUAUCCCCGAGCAUCGGCGAACCCAGUACAAGGCAAAAAACAGUUUCAAGCCCGAUGAGCUGCGCCGUCGUCGUGAGGAACAACAGGUCGAAAUCCGUCGCCAGAAGAGAGAGGAAAAUCUAGCCAAGCGAAGAGGUGUCCAGCGCGGAAAUGGCGAAAUCGGCAUUGGUGGCCUCACGGAGCCAGAUAGUGAUGAUGAGACGGCAAAUAUUGAGAACGAGUUGAGCACGGAACUACCAGAAAUGGUCAAAGGAGUCUUCUCGGACCAGAUUGAUGCCCAGAUCCAAGCCACCACAAAAUUCAGAAAACUCUUGUCUAAAGAGCGCAACCCGCCCAUCGAGAAAGUAAUCGAGACUGGUGUCGUCAGCCGCUUCGUCGAAUUCCUCCGGUCCCCUCACACUCUCGUGCAGUUCGAGGCCGCCUGGGCUCUGACCAAUAUUGCCAGCGGUAGCGCUGCCCAAACACAAGUCGUAAUUGAAGCCGGUGCUGUCCCUAUUUUCGUUGAGCUCUUGAGCAGCCACGAGCCGGAUGUUCGUGAGCAGGCAGUCUGGGCAUUGGGCAACAUCGCAGGUGACUCCCCUGCUUGCCGUGACUAUGUCCUCAGUCAAGGUGCCUUGAAGCCUCUGCUCAAUCUCAUUGCCGAUGGGCGUAAGUUGAGCAUGCUUCGAAAUGCAACGUGGACCCUGAGCAACUUCUGCCGCGGAAAGACGCCCCAACCCGACUGGAAUACCAUUCAACCUGCACUCCCGGUCCUAGCAAAGCUUGUCUAUAUGCUUGAUGAUGAAGUCCUCAUUGAUGCCUGCUGGGCCAUUUCCUACCUUUCCGACGGCUCGAACGACAAGAUUCAGGCUGUCAUCGAAGCCGGCAUCCCGCGUCGCCUCGUCGAACUCCUCAUGCAUGCGUCCACGUCGGUCCAAACCCCAGCUCUUCGGUCGGUUGGGAACAUUGUCACUGGAGAUGAUGUACAGACUCAGGUGAUCAUUAACUGCGGUGCUCUGACAGCUUUGUUGUCACUGCUCAGUUCACAAAAAGAUGGUAUCCGCAAGGAAGCAUGUUGGACAAUUUCAAACAUUACGGCCGGCAACUCGACUCAAAUUCAAGCGGUCAUUGACGCAGGUAUCAUCCCUCCCUUGAUUCACCUCCUGUCCAACGGCGACUUCAAGACUCGCAAGGAAGCUUGCUGGGCGAUCUCAAAUGCCACUUCCGGAGGCCUCCAGAAGCCUGAUCAGAUCCGAUACCUUGUCUCCCAAGGAUGCAUCAAGCCCCUCUGUGAUCUUCUGGCUUGCCCGGACAACAAGAUCAUUCAAGUCGCUUUAGAUGGACUGGAGAAUAUCCUCAAGGUCGGAGAAAUGGACAAAGAGGCCGCCGACCCCCGUGCUCCAGAAGGACAGGUCAAUCGAUACGCACUGUUCAUCGAAGAAGCAGGCGGAAUGGAGAAGAUUCACGACUGCCAGAAUAAUGCCAAUGAAGAAAUCUAUAUGAAGGCUUACAACAUUAUCGAGCGAUACUUUUCUGAUGAAGAGGACGCUGGUGCCGACAUUGAAGAAUUGGCGCCGCAAGCUAACGCGACUGGCUUUACCCUCGGAUCGAACCAACCUCAAGGCCAAUUCAACUUUGCCAACGGCAAUGAUUCGAUGGACAUGUAGAACAUGAACAUGUGAAGCGUCGGGGAAUGCACCUUGACCAGACCCCCGCAAUGAGAGCUGACGUUGGCGCUGCACUUGUCAAACGGCCGCAGGAAAGCGACGCAACGUACAGCAACGGGGCUGCUUCAUAGCGCGGCGUCCUCGAGAUCACCUUCCAAGCAGGCAUUUUCGCUAGAGUUGAAUGACAGUACCAACCUUCGAAGCACCCCAACGCGUCCCCCAGUCUUUUCAUACGAGCACGGACCCCACCACUCCCACACAUCACCAGCACGUUUCCAAGAUCCAUCUCCGACCCCACAACCAGAUGCACCGUCAUGUAACCCCUAGCCAUCCGACACAGCACAUCACAUUGUACCCAGCACCCAGCACCCAGCAUUCGAUAGAGGCGUUAUUUCGGCGAAGAAUGUGGAACCGGUUUGGUCAGCACGGGCGCGGAAGAGGGCAGUAUGGGAGGGGGGAGAGAUCAGGGAGCACCAGAAGUCAGGCAGGAUAGCCUCCACUGGGUUCCCUAUUGAGCUGCAGCCCCAUGCCAAUGUAUGUCGACUGCUUUCUAUGCCCAGUACCAAGAAAUCACAAAGUCAACCGAUGCUUCUGGACUUCUGCGGCUCGCUCUGCUUUUCCCGGGAUGGUAAGCUAUCUCGGUCUCGUCUUGCCCGAGCAGGCCACAAACUUGUAGAGAAAAUAGCAAUGGAGAGCAGGCGUUUGUCCGGCAUUGCAGGAAGGUCGUCUGAUCCGCUGCAGCAUCGCUUCAUGCUUCGUGAUGAGAAAAUGAGCGCGGGCCAGUGAGAGGAGACAGUCUCCUCUUUUCUGGGGCUCGAGACCCUCCACGUCGAUGUCCAUGAUGAUAGGAGACGUGGCCCAGAACCCCCCUCGUGUCGUGCCUUCGAUCCAUCAAUCCCAGGGCGAGCCGAGCGCAAGAUGACAAGGUGAUGUAACUUCGUACCCCGCAAAUGUGGAUGAGGAGAUGGGAGGAGGUGGCAGGCAUCCAGUAGGGCCAGCCCAGGCUGAGCGGGCAGAAGCCAACCAUGGUAUCUCCUUCAAUCAGCAGGCAAUCCGAGCCUGUUGGAUGACCGGCACCUCCGCUUUUUGUCGUGGCCAGAGAGUUGCGUCCCAAGAUUGCCCAAAACUGAGCAUCGCCACGAGCGUGAUGAUCAUGCAGCGAUAUGUAAUUGCCGUGGAUGACCUGCGAGCGGGAAUAUAUAUCUAUGGCUAACGCGAGCCCUG